GCUCGAGCAACCAUGGCAGCCGCUCGGUGACAGCUCGGCGGCUUCUCUCCUACCGUCCUUCCCUCUCAGUUAACGGCCAGCCUGAUCCCCGUUGCCGAGGGGAGGAUUUCUCCCCCUGGUUUGUUUUUAACUCAGUUUGGAACUUUGCUCUUCCCUUACGGCGGUUGUGUUGAGAGUUUGACUGUCUAGAAAGAGUGAAGCAGCCUUGUGGAAAUUAAAUUUUGUUACAGAAAACACUACAACAUGACUGAAAUUAACAGUGAAACAGGAUUCUACAGUGUACAAGUUGGUGAUUCUACCUUCACUGUUCUCAAGCGUUAUCAGGCAUUGAAGCCAAUAGGUUCAGGGGCUCAGGGAAUUGUCUGUGCUGCGUAUGAUAGUAUACUUGAUGGAAGUGUUGCUGUUAAGAAACUCAGUCGACCUUUUCAGAACCAAACUCAUGCCAAGAGAGCUUACAGAGAGCUUGUCCUGCUUAAAUGUGUUAAUCAUAAAAAUAUUAUUAGUUUGUUAAAUGUAUUUACACCGCAAAAGUCUUUAGAGGAAUUCCAAGAUGUUUACUUGGUAAUGGAGUUGAUGGAUGCCAACUUGUGCCAGGUUAUCCAUAUGGAGCUAGAUCAUGAGAGAAUGUCUUACCUUCUAUACCAGAUGUUAUGUGGUAUAAAGCACCUUCACUCCGCUGGCAUUAUUCACAGAGAUUUGAAGCCCAGCAAUAUAGUAGUAAAGUCAGACUGCACACUGAAAAUUCUAGAUUUUGGACUGGCAAGAACUGCCUGUACUAAUUUUAUGAUGACCCCGUAUGUAGUGACACGAUAUUACAGAGCACCUGAAGUUAUUCUAGGAAUGGGAUACAAAGAAAAUGUUGAUAUCUGGUCAGUGGGGUGCAUCAUGGGAGAAAUGCUGAAAGGUUCUGUGCUAUUCCAAGGCACUGAUCAUAUUGAUCAGUGGAAUAAAGUUAUUGAACAACUAGGAACGCCAUCUGCAGAAUUCAUGAAGAAAUUGCAGCCAACUGUACGAAAUUAUGUAGAGAAUAGGCCAAAAUAUCCGGGGCUUGGCUUUGAAACACUAUUUCCAGAUUGGGUGUUUCCAGCAGAUUCAGAACGUGACAAGUUAAAAGUAAGUCAGGCCAGAGAUCUUCUAUCAAAAAUGCUCGUAAUUGAUCCUGACAGGCGGAUUUCUGUAGAUGAUGCCUUACAACAUCCAUAUAUUGCCGUCUGGUAUGAUCCUUCUGAAGUAGAAGCACCCCCUCCACAGAUUUACGAUAAGCAGUUGGAGGAGCGAGAACACAGUAUAGAGGAAUGGAAAGAACUAAUCUAUAAAGAAGUUGUGGACUGGGAGGAGAGAAAUAAGAAUGGUGUUAUUAAGGAACAGCCCUUACUUUCAGAUGCAGCAGUGAAUAGCAACAACAGCCCCUCUCAGUCUUCCUCCAUCAAUGACAUUUCAUCCAUGUCAACAGAGCAGACCUUGGCUUCCGAUACCGACAGCAGCCUGGAUGCUUCAACAGGACCACUUGAUGGUUGCAGGUGAUAAGCCUCCAAGCAUGAGUAAUAUCAGAAAGUAGCUACUGCUGCUAUUCUCAAUCUGAGUUGCUUUUAAAUUAAGAAAACCAUGUAAAGAAGUUAUAUCUAUUGCAUGUACUGCAAACACAAUGCCUAUGCUUUACUUGGUAAUUUAUGAUUGCCUGGCUUAUGUUAAUAAUGACAGCCUAGGAAUAUUUGAAAAGGGAAUUUAUAAUGGAAUGUGUAUUUGUGCAAACUGCUCCCAACUCCAAACUCAGGUGAGCAUAACUUGGAAAAAUGAAAACCAUGUGAGAGCAAAACAUGAAGAUAUGCUAAUAGUUUUGUUUUCUUGUUGUCGUUUCUCACUUUUUUUUUGUUGAAGAUUCAUUAUGUACAUUCCAAAAAUCUGAGAGAGAAACAACUGACAGCACUUUUUAAUUCCAAAACAUACUUUUUUGACAUUUCUGUGAGAGGUAAAGUUGCCGCAUUGUAAAUUUCAAAUUGUAUCCAAAAUAGAGAACUUAGUAUUUCAUUAUUAUCAUCUAACUAUUAUUAUGGUUUCCAAUUACUUCUAAAAUAACAACUAAUAGUUACAAGCAGAUGUGAUGUUGGUCAGAGACUUUGAGAAACUUUAUUAACAUUGAGUUUAGUAGUAUUUUGGUUUACAAUGUGUUCUUCCUUUGUAUAUGACUAAUUUUCAGGGUGAUCAGUAUAAUGAUCAAUAGAAUGAUCUGCCUGCAAAUUAUCAUUUGAGCUUUUUUAGCUGACCAAGAAGCAUAAUAAUCAGAAAAGAGAACAAAGGGGAAAAGAUUUUGGAGGUUUGAAUUUGGUGAUUUUCGAGCUUACAGAAUGUCCUAUUGGAAUUCAUGGUGUAGUCAGUUUGGAACUGUUGUGCUCUAAGUUUUAAAAGAAGGCUAUUUGAGGUAGCAUUUUCCAAAACUUUGGAUUCAUAAGUAAGCCCACUUGGAUGCCAUUUUAUGUGCCUUGUAAAUGUUUAAAUGCUUGAAGAAUAAGCUAAUUGUUACCCCCAAAAUUCUGAUGAAUAGGAUAUCUUCACUGUAAAUUCUACGAGAAGAAAUCAGCUGCUUAAUCCAAAAUAGUGUUGUUAAAAUACAUUUUCCGCAACCUCACGUAGCAAUGAUAGACCAGUAUGCUACAUAGCAAUGUGUUGAACGGAGAGCUGAACAGCUUUUAGUGAUGUUAAUAACUUUUGGCACAAUGUCAGUUUUAGGCUCAUCAGUUCUUUCUAUGACCUGUCUUUUCCAGUUGCAAAAUAAAAUUUAAGUUACAACCACAUAAUUAUGACCAAAGUUUGGACAAUGGUCUUUAAAAAAUGUUUUAGGUGAAGUUAGUUGAAAUCAAAGGAAUGCCUAACAGUCUUUGCUAUGUGCAAUCAAGCAUUCGUGGCCCACAAAUUACCAUUCAAGCUUUUACGUUGGGAUUGUUUUGUUUUGGAUUGUUCAGGGAGAAUCUGGAGUGCAUUGGAACCUCCUGUCUUAAAAUGCUGUACCUGACCCUGUUGAGUUUGCUGGGAUCAGGCUGUUUAGUCCAUUUUGGUCAGGGAUUGUGAUCAUUUGAAUUGAUAGGAAUUUGUAGAUAUUUUAGCAUUUUCAGACCUCUGGGGUGUAUCUAAAACCACUUUUAAAAAAUAAAAACAUCCAUGCUCCCCUGUCUUUAAUCAGUGUUGAAAACACAAUUGAUUGCGCCAUAAUAAAUAUAUUCCACCAGCCAGGCUUUGAGUGUGGAAAUCUUUCCCACAUGCAUUGCUGGAUGCCAGAGGCACGUGGUUAACUUCAUGCUAUUACCGUAAAAUUAGGGAAAUUAUGUGAACUAAUGUUCUUAUGGACAUUGAAGAAUGCAUUAUCUGCCAACUAUAGAUGGGUACAUUGAAACCACUCCUUUAAUGUGUACAGAAAUACCUAAUAGCUCCAGGAAGUGUCAGAUCUGCGGCAGGUCAAGUUUUCCGUUCCUUAUGUAUUAUGUCACACAACCACCCUUGAAUAUCCUAGACCUUUGUAUUUAUAGAACAAUUAUUUUGAAAUAAAGGCAUAGACUCCUGAACAAGUCUUAUAUUUCCAUAUGCUUAAUUUGACCUCUCUCAGCAGAGAAUCACUGUACUUGCAAUCAACAUGGAAUUCUUAAUUACGGUUCAAGGACAUGUAUUGAUUAUAUUUCUUGUUUUCUUCAGUUUUUCCACAUUUAAUGUAUGUUUUGUUCUUUGUCCGAAAAUCACUGUAUAGAGUUGAUGUAAUAGAUUUAUGUGUACACUAACGGAGAAAAUAUGCUUGAGAAAUUGAAAAGCUGUAGAAUUAGAUGAUUGAGGUUUUCAAUUGCAGAGAAGAUAUAAAAGGUACAAGAAUUGACUUAAUCAGUGAUGAAGUUAAACUAUUUAGCUGCAAUGCUAGAUUAGGUUUUGUGUCCAAUUCACAAUUAAUUUGAAUUAAAGGUAGAAGAGUAGAUUCAUGCUCAAUAAAUCUCAAGCCAUUUUAAUGGAGUUUUCAAUGGAGCUUUUUCACAAAUCAAUUUGCAAAUUUCACAAUAGAAUAGACUGAAAGUUAUCAGUAUUUAAAACAUUGACUU